AUGAGCCCAACUACAUCUCGAACUAAUUGCCUAGUUGGAUCAUCCGACGGUACAUGGCAUGAUGAAGGACGAAACAAGCGGAGUGGGUGGCUUGGAAUUCGGUGGCUUGUCAAGAUAUUCAACUACAAGAAUCCCAAAUCCAAGGCUCAUAAUGGUGCUUGGAUGAUGCACGAAUACAACCUCGUCGCUAAUGAUAUUAAGCAACCUAAGAGGAAGAGGCGGUUGGAUGAUGAAGAAGAAGGUGAUGAUGGUAUGGAUAAAAAUAGCAAGCGCUCCAUGGGUGAUCAGCUAGCAAUAUCAACCAUAGCACGUUUCGUGAAUGCGACCACAAACAACAACGGUGAUGAGCAUCGGUCAUUGGAUGGCGCCGAUGCACCCGAAGAUCAACCGUUGCUUACCGAUGAUGCUUAUUCCUUCGGAGCCGAUGACAUUCUAUCAACCGAGCCUUUUGAUUCUAAUGGUGCUCUUCGACAACGUCGGAUAGUUGGUAAUGGAGAAGAAAUGGCUCUUGAUAAUGAUUAUUUCCAUUCCGUUGUUCAAGAGCUUUUAUGCGAAGAAGCAAUCGCCUCUUGUAACUCGGAGAUGAGACUUCAAAGUGUUGACUCAUUAGGUUUUGUAGAAUUGGUUGAUUAA